AUGUGCAGCUUCAGGCCUGAUGUCAGCUCUCCCUUGUGCCUGCCCUUUCUCCCCUUGUGCUUGCACUCUCUAUUUGACAUCUCAUGCCUCGCCAUCAGCUCUCUCGGUCUUCUUCAACUUGGACGAUUUGGACAACAACAAGCCAUUCAACAAAUCCUAGCGGGUGAAACCAAGAUAAAGACUGUUUCUCUCAUAGAAUUAGGCAUCUCAGUCUUCCUCCCGGAUACUGAGAUCUCUCAUCUCAGCCGUGUGACCCCAUCUAAGAAACCUACAAGUAGAGAUAGGUGUUUAAGCUCUAUAGUGCUGUAUUCACUUCUCACCAAAUUUGUGGUGCUUGUCAAGUUAUCCUCUGUCCACACUACUAUGCUGCUGUGGUCCAGUCCUGAACCAUGGUUCGAACCGGACUUUUUGGUCUGGUUCUCCUGUGGUUUGGUCCACGGUCCAGGUGUCAGCCAGAACUGGACCAUAAUAUGGUUCUUGGUUCUGGCAUUGGGCGAACAGUUCAACUUUGCCUCAGGGAUUCUCAAGCUUCAAGAUUUACUUGUUUCUAUCAAAUGCAGAGGCCCAUUGACAAGCCCAUCAUCCCACUCCCACGAAAUCACUGCCUCCACCCCUAAAAUCAAUGCGCCGACAAAGACAAAGGCAACCAAAACCACUGAGUUUGAGGUGUUAGGUGAGUGA